UUUUAGAAAAUACGAGAAAACCCGACCCGAAUUUCAUUUUAUCCGAAGCCCAGCCCACCAAAACUCAAACCCGUAUCUCAAGUCUCAACAGCCCAAAAACCCAAACCCGUAUCCCACAUUCCUGCAAAAUUUCUCACCUCCACUCCAUCCAUCCAACUCGCCGUCCAUUUCCAUCGGAGAAGCCACCGCUAAUUUCUCCGGCGACCGGCGUGGCUCAACCAAUUUGUGGAGAAGCUAUACCGUAGUGACUGUAUACCCGAUAGCAACAACGCCGAUGAUUCCACCCGCGUCGGCGAACCCGGCGUUAGAUGCCGGUGCGCCUCCGCCACCACAGAUGGUGGCUCCACCUCCUCCGGGUACAGACAUGACCGGAAUCUGCUUCCGCGAUCAGCUGUGGCUCAACACUUACCCACUUGACCGAAACCUAGUUUUUGAUUACUUCGCUCUCUCCCCAUUCUACGAUUACUCGUGCAAUAACGAGCAGCUUCGUCUCCGCGCAACUCACCCCCUCGAUCUCUCCCACCUCUCGAAGAUGACCGGAAUAGAGUACUCGUUGAGUGAAGUGUUGGAGCCGCAUUUGUUCGUAUUCAGAAAGCAAAAACGGGAUGGCCCCGAGAAAGUGACACCUAUGCUAACUUACUACGUCUUGGAUGGAUCAAUAUACCAAGCCCCCCAGCUUUGCAACGUAUUUGCGUCUCGAGUUGGACGCGCGUUGUACCAUAUAUCCAAGGCUUUUAAUACUGCAGCUUCAAAGUUGGAGAAAAUCGGAUAUGGUAUAUUCCAAUUUUAGUAAAUUAUUUACCUUUUUUCUCCUUUGACCUAAGUGAUGUGCGCAGUGCGCCUACACGAGUACGUACGAUUAAUUAAGAAAAUGAGUUGGUGCUUGAUAUACGAUUGCAUAACAAUCUACUUGUGCUAUAUUAUCUUGCAGCACAUCUAACUAAUCGAAGC